AUGCUGGCUAAAACCCAGUACUCUGCUGGUCCCCUAGGGGCACCAACUCCGGUGACAGCUUAUCACACCACAACCCCUCGACCCGCGACGGCGACAAAAGUGGAUGGAGUUGGAUUCACAAGCCCAACAAAGUCCGAAUUCUCCGACGGGCAGGAUGAGCUUGCAGCCAUUCGAGCUUGGGAUGAGAAGAAGGUCGUCGCAUGGCUUCACAGUAUCAAAUGCGGCCAGUACGAAUCGUUCUUUAGAGCUAAUAACUUUAACGGCGACAAUCUGAUUGACUGCGACCAGAAGAUAUUGCAGGAGAUAGGCAUCAAGAAAGUGGGUGAUCGAGUGCGCAUCUUUAUUGCGAUCAAACAACUUCGGAACAAGGCCAUGGUGAACCCAAGGCAAAAGAAUAUUAACAAAUUAGCUGCCAUGGAGGCUGCAGCCCUGUCCUCUGAACCUUCGCGCUUCUCAGGUUUCCCAUCUCUCGGCAAUGGACGCAUGUCUCAGAUAGGGGAGGAAUUCGGCAAAUCGUCACAACCUGGAACACCUGGAGACUCCUGGCGCAAAGAUUAUCUUAAUCAGCCAUCAUCAGGAGGCUCAGGGACCGGUCGUACUGCCAACGACGGCUCGAGAAGCUCUCACCCUCGGAAUCCUAGUCUUGACGGGCUGACAAUGGGUCCACUCCCACCCAACUCGCCUGUGAUUCGUGUUAUUUACACUGGUGGACAAACCAAGGUCCUUGAUAUUCGACACUGCAAAACGCCAGAUGAGGUGAUGGUUGGCGUUCUGAAAAAGUUGCAGCUUCCAGAGCACCAGUACAGGAACUAUUGCUUCUACGUUUUGGACGGCUUAGACCCGGAUCUGGCGAACUGCAGACGGUUGACUGAGAGCGAGCUCAUGGAAAUUUGUGAAGGCGUCAGCAAGUCCGAACGCGGUCGUUUGAUCUUGCGCAAGAUUCACGCUGGCGAGCCGGAUGGUGAUGAACUUCGUCGGGCAUCACAGCUGGCUGUGGACGAAAGUUCCGUUACACAUCAAAUCGCCUUGAACAGAUCUAAUCGUCGCAACCAACACAAGAUCCAACAGCUCACAGGUGAAUCCUGGCAAGUUAUCAAUACCAAGCAGCCAGUCUCUCCACAGGGACCUCGCAGUCGCUCCACCCCCUCCAUCGAACAAGACCAGAUGUCACCCAAUGACCAGCGCAAUCCAGUGGCUAAGCUUCGGUCAUUCUUCGGCCAGCGACCUCCAAGUGAGAUGAUUAUUCACGAGCUUCCCUCGUUCUUCCCUAGCCACGAUCGACAAGAUAUCGAAAAGACGAUGCGGAGAUCGCAGCGUCUCAGCCGUGCUGCAAGUCGCCUCAGUGUUGUCAGCAACUACAGUGUUGCGUCGAGUAUGAAGGACGCGCCUCCACUUCCGCCGUUGCCUUCUAUUCCUCCUAUCCCCCCAAUGCCCAAUAUUGCCGAUGCCUGGCUUCAACACCAAGGUGGAGCACCGGCGGCGCGUGCGCGGCCAGCAUCUAUCUCUAAAUUCAACCUUCCCCAAUCUUCAUACCGCGACUCGAUUGCGUCGAGCACCCUUCAACCACUCCAAGAAGAGUCUCCGACUACAACAGAGCCGAACCGCAAGUCUUAUGUCUCACUUGAUAGUGGCUCGGAUGAGCCAAACCACUCACGACAGAGCCUGCUGGAGGAGAGUAUGAGUGUCGCUGCCACCGACGGUGGUUCCAGUAAUGACCGAAUGAGUGUUAUGGUAGCCGAAUAUGAAGAGGAGGAGGAAGAGGAGGAAGACCCAGGCAUGUCCGAUUUCCUGGCUGGCAAUCACUUCGCACCGGCAAACUGGAUGAAGGGCUCUCUGAUCGGCGAGGGUUCUUUCGGAAGUGUUUUCCUGGCUCUCCACUCCAUCACUGGAGAGCUUAUGGCUGUGAAGCAGGUUGAGGUUCCUUCCGGCACCAAGGGCACGGAGUUCGAUCAACGCAAAAACCUUAUGGUCACUGCCCUUAAGCAUGAAAUUGAGCUUCUACAAGGAAUGCACCACCCGAACAUUGUGCAAUACCUGGGUACAGCUGCCGAUGAAGAGCACCUGAACAUUUUCCUGGAGUAUGUGCCUGGUGGUUCUAUUGCAACCAUGCUGAAGCAAUACAACACCUUCCAGGAGCCCCUGGUCAAGAACUUUGUCCGCCAGAUCCUGGCAGGUCUUUCCUACCUGCACAGCAAAGAUAUCAUCCAUCGUGAUAUCAAGGGUGCGAAUAUUCUCGUCGAUAACAAGGGUGGAGUCAAGAUCUCCGAUUUCGGUAUUUCCAAACGUGUCGAAGCGUCCCAUGUCCUCGGAUCCCGAGCCAGCCAUGGCGGUGGUGGUCAUCUCAACCGACCAUCUCUGCAGGGUAGCGUCUACUGGAUGGCGCCCGAAGUUGUGCGGCAAACGGCCCACACAAAGAAAGCAGACAUCUGGAGUUUGGGUUGUCUGGUCGUCGAGAUGUUCAUCGGCGCUCACCCUUUCCCCGAUUGCAGUCAGCUGCAGGCUAUUUUCGCUAUCGGUAGCAACCAGGCGCGUCCGCCGGCUCCGGACCAUGUUAGUCAAGAGGCAGUUGAGUUCCUGGACAUGACUUUCCAGGUUGAUUAUGAGAAGCGGCCUAGCGCAGAUGAGUUGCUGAAGUGUAAAUUCUUGGCUAUGCCGAAGCUGGGAUGA